AUGCUCUUCGCAAACUUGCUCGUCCUUGCAACUGCCGCUCUGGGCGCCGUCAUUAAAUACGACGGCGCUGAAUACGACGACGGUCAAUACGACGAUCAAUUCCUCAUCGGGCCGCCAGCUGAGCUCUCUCAUGAAGAGAAUUGCCAUCAGCCAGACAUCAGGGUUUGGCGAAACGAGGAGUGUGUCCAGCUCUCUCCUAGUGCGCCGCCUCCUUUGUAA